AAAGGCUUCAAAUACAAUAAGCUUCCCUUCACACCAGUCUUGUUGUUCAUCUGCUUCAAUAAUACAACCAACAUUCCAUUCCUCCGCUUUCUCUCUCCUCCGUCGCGCCGCCGUGCCACCGCCGGAGAGAGAUAAUAUAAUCUUCCAAAUUCUCAUAAUAAUAAUACAAACAAUGAGAUGAUCGAGGAGACUAAAUAAUCGUUAAAGGACCCACCACGAUCUUGAACUCUGUUUCAACAACACACAUCGAGAGAGAGAGAGAGAGAAUUUAUGAGCCCUAGAUCUCUUCAUUCUAUGCACAGGGUUUAGACUGAAGUAAAAAGUGUUAAAUUGAUGCAGAAAGAUAUUUUUGUUAUAUUUUCAAGUUGUUGUUGUUAGCUCUGUGAUUCUGUGAAUGGAGAAUGGUUAUGCACUUCUGCUGCUGGUGCUUUUGGCUGUAGUUUAUCCGUCUUCUGGUGCGCAUGACUUCGAGCAUUGCAAAAACUCCGUCAAGCAAUGGGCUUCUUCAUCCCUUCGCUCCGAUAACAAAAACACUCACAUUCUCAAAGACUUAUUAUUUUUUCUUCAUGUCCCAAGAACCGGAGGCCGAACUUAUUUUCAUUGUUUCCUAAAAAAACUAUAUUCUAGUGAUCUAGAAUGCCCACGAUCUUACGAUAAACUACGGUUCGAUCCGCGGAAACCUAAUUGCAGGCUUUUGGCAACUCAUGAUGAUUAUAGCAUGAUGUCAAAGCUUCCAAAAGAGCAGACUUCAGUGGUAACGAUACUUAGGGAUCCCGUUGAGCGAGUUUUUAGUACGUAUGAGUUUUCGGUCGAGGUAGCAGCUAGGUUUUUGGUGCACCCUAAUUUGACUUCCGUCAUAAGAAUGUCGAAACGUGUGCGGUCGAAGAGUGGUGGCAUAAGCACGCUCGAGAUCUGGCCUUGGAAGUAUCUGGUUCCAUGGAUGAGGGAGGAUUUAUUCUCUCGGCGAGAUGCAAGAAAGAAAAGGGGCCCGCCGUUUUUUUACGGGAAUGAUUCAUAUGAUAUGGAGGAAGUUGUUAUGCCGUUACAUGAUUAUAUUAAUCACCCCGUAGCUCUUGAUCUUGUUCACAACGGUGCCACUUUCCAGGUUGCAGGUUUGACGAAUAAUUCAAAUAUUCGUGAGGCACAUGAGGUGCGUCGAUGUGUAAUAACACAUCCGGUUCUUGGAAAAUACGUACUUGAAGUAGCAAAGAAAAGGCUGGAUGAUAUGCUAUAUGUCGGAAUCACAGAGGACCACCGGGAAUCCGCCACAAUGUUCGCAAAUGUGGUCGGUGCACAAGUUAUCUCUCAGUUGAUGACAUCAGCUGCUAAUUAUAGCAAUACAACCGAACAGGAUCCUCCGUUAUCUGAUUCAAGCAUUGAUGCAACUGAUGAUCAGGGUAAUAGUUCGUCAACUACCGAAGCAAAAAGCGAGAAUAUGACUGUGGGGAAACUUAUGGAAAACUACGAGACCUGCAUUUCUUCACUAAGAUCGUCCCAAUCACAAAGGCGCACCGCUUCUUUGAAAAAAGUGUCCCCAGCAAACUUUACAAAAGAGGCACGUAGGCGGGUACCUGAAAAUGCACUCAAAGAAAUCAUUUCGCUGAACAGUCUUGACAUGGAACUCUACAAAUAUGCCAAAGAAAUAUUUCAAAAGAAGCAUCAGAUUAUGGAACGUAAAUUGCAUGAUUCCGCCACACCCGAGAAGGGACACAUGAUGCUCACUAACAUUAUUCCAGCCUCGACGAUUGUGUAUUUUAUCGGUUUUACAUUCUUGGUUGUCUUCAUUUGCUUCUUUAAAAGUGCAAAAAGAAGGAUAUCUAAAAUUAAGAUAUAAAAGUUUUGAUUAAUUUGAAGUUAUUGCGAUGCACAUUCGGUUUUU